CUGAAGAGACUCCAUUUAUGCAGAAGUGCCCUGGGUCAAGGUGGCACUUAGUCUAACUGCCUGGCAGAAUGCCAUCCACCAACCGAGCGGGCAGCCUGAAGGACCCAGAAAUUGCAGAGCUCUUCUUCAAAGAAGAUCCAGAGAAGCUCUUCACAGAUCUCCGAGAGAUUGGCCAUGGAAGCUUUGGAGCUGUUUAUUUUGCACGUGAUGUGCGCACCAAUGAAGUGGUGGCCAUCAAGAAAAUGUCUUACAGUGGGAAGCAAUCCAAUGAGAAAUGGCAGGAUAUCAUUAAAGAAGUCAAGUUCCUGCAACGAAUUAAACAUCCCAACAGUAUAGAAUACAAAGGCUGCUAUUUGCGGGAGCAUACGGCAUGGCUUGUUAUGGAAUACUGUUUAGGAUCAGCAUCAGAUUUAUUAGAAGUCCAUAAAAAGCCUUUGCAAGAGGUGGAAAUAGCUGCCAUUACCCACGGUGCUCUCCAAGGAUUAGCAUAUCUGCAUUCCCACAACAUGAUCCAUAGAGAUAUCAAGGCAGGAAACAUCCUACUGACAGAACCGGGCCAGGUGAAGCUUGCAGACUUUGGAUCUGCUUCCAUAGCCUCUCCUGCUAAUUCUUUUGUGGGGACGCCAUAUUGGAUGGCCCCAGAAGUGAUUUUAGCCAUGGAUGAAGGGCAGUAUGAUGGUAAAGUCGAUGUAUGGUCUCUUGGGAUAACAUGUAUUGAAUUAGCGGAAAGGAAGCCUCCUUUGUUUAACAUGAAUGCAAUGAGUGCCUUAUAUCACAUAGCGCAGAAUGAAUCCCCUACACUCCAGUCCAAUGAAUGGUCUGAUUAUUUUCGAAACUUUGUAGACUCUUGCCUCCAGAAAAUUCCCCAAGACAGGCCUACAUCAGAGGAACUCUUGAAGGUGAGUUUUACUUUUCUGAUUCUCUUGCACACUAAACUUCCAUGCGAUG